ACUGGAUGAUGAUCAAAUCCAACAUCAUUUAAUUUUCUCUCUCUUGUUUUUCUCUCUCCUCUGACUCACCAUUGACCAAGAAACUCUCAAAUGGGUAACUGCAGCAGCAACCUCCCCUCCACCUUCAGUGGCGGCGCCACCUCAGACCACCGUACCACUCCUUCCACCGGAAUCACAGUCCACCCGCCGAACGCCGCCGCACCACCUCGCCCUCCACCUCCACAUACACUGCAGCAGAAACCCAACAACCGUCCCUCCGCCGCAGUUCCUCCGGGAUCAGUCGGACGUGUUCUCGGACGGCCGAUGGAGGAUGUUCGGAACACCUACACAUUCGGCCGCGAACUGGGCCGAGGUCAAUUUGGGGUUACGUAUCUCGUAACUCAUAAAGAAACUAAACAGCAAUUUGCUUGUAAAUCUAUAGCUACUAGAAAACUUAUUAAUCGCGACGAUAUUGAAGAUGUCCGUCGUGAAGUUCAGAUCAUGCACCAUCUUACCGGUCACCGGAACAUUGUGGAGCUAAAGGGAGCAUAUGAGGAUAGGCAUUCGGUGAAUUUGGUGAUGGAAUUAUGUGCCGGAGGGGAGCUGUUUGAUCGGAUUAUAGCGAAAGGGCAUUAUUCAGAGAGAGCAGCAGCUAAUCUGUGUAGGCAGAUUGUUACUGUUGUUCAUGAUUGUCAUUGUAUGGGAGUUAUACAUAGAGAUUUAAAGCCUGAGAAUUUUCUUUUCUUGAGUACUGAUGAAAAUUCACCUUUGAAGGCUACUGAUUUUGGACUGUCUGUGUUUUUUAAGCCAGGUGAUAUAUUUAAGGACCUCGUUGGAAGUGCAUACUAUGUAGCUCCUGAUGUAUUACAUCGACGUUAUGGAGCCGAGGUUGACAUUUGGAGUGCUGGUGUUAUACUGUAUAUUCUUCUAAGUGGGGUCCCACCAUUUUGGGGAGAUACGGAACAGGCUAUCUUUGAUGCUGUCCUCCGGGGACAUAUCGAUUUCUCCUCUGACCCAUGGCCUUCUGUAUCCAGCAGUGCUAAAGAUUUAGUGAAGAAGAUGCUAAAAUCUGAUCCCAAGGAAAGAAUUUCAGCUGCUGAUGUCCUAAGUCAUCCAUGGAUGCGAGUAGACGGUGAUGCAUCCGACAAGCCUCUUGAUAUUGCUGUUUUAACUAGAAUGAAACAAUUCAGAGCAAUGAACAAGCUCAAGAAAGUAGCUCUAAAGGUCAUUGCGGAAAAUCUUUCCGAGGAAGAAAUUAUUGGAUUGAAGGAAAUGUUCAAAUCCAUGGACACGGAUAACAGUGGAACCAUCACUUAUGAAGAGUUGAAAGCUGGGCUUCCGAAACUGGGUACCAAGCUUUCUGAGUCGGAAGUGAAGCAAUUAAUGGAAGCGGCUGAUGUGGACGGAAAUGGAACAAUUGAUUACAUCGAGUUCAUAACAGCUACCAUGCACAUGAACAGAGUAGAAAGAGAGGACCACUUAUAUAGGGCAUUUGAAUAUUUUGACAAGGACAAGAGCGGGUACAUCACAAUGGAAGAGUUGGAACAUGGCCUUAAGGAAUAUAACAUGGGUGACGCAAAAACAAUAAAAGAGAUCAUUGCAGAAGUCGACACUGACAAUGAUGGUAGAAUUAACUAUGAAGAGUUUGUAGCCAUGAUGCGAAAAGGAAACCCGGAGGUGGCCCCUAACAGACGGCGAAAAUAAGGCUAACGAGUUUGGCAUUCUGCUGGGUUUUGUUAACAAUCUGGACACUUUCAUAUUUUCACGUUUGUUGUUAUUGAGAGCCAUUUUAGUUGUCGGAGUAGCUGCCCCGCCUUGAAUCUUACGGCGGUUGAUGCUUUGUGAGAUCCUUUAUGUUUUGCCAUUCUUGCCAUAUGCACAGACAAAUAGCCUUCAAUGGUAUAUAUCUCUUGGAAAAAUUUAACCUUUUGUA